AUGGCACCAGGAGAGGCGGAAGCAACACUAUCGGUGCAAGAUUUGAACAAAUUACCUUCCUAUAAAGAUUUCUAUAAGAAGUUCAAUGAAGGCUGCAGUGGUUGCGUUAGAGGAUCCAUGGGAACCAUAGAGGGAACAUUAGAACAGUGUCAUAAUAUUGGAGAACUCAAAGAUAAGAUUAUAAAUGCCUGCUGCUGUAUGUACCAAAUAGAGGACAGCGGGAGUACACAAUAUAUGAAGAAGUGCAAUUUCCUUUAUUAUUGGAUUACUGAUAUAUUAAUUAAGGAAGUUGACAGUUCUUCAUUCACGUCAACACUUCGGACAGUCAUCGGGGCACUGGAGAAAUUUCUUAGUGAACACGAAUGCCAAAUUCUGAACCCCAAGAAUAUUAAUAAGAAAAGUAUCAAAGAAGAAAAAAUAGUAUAUGAUUUCUGGCAUAACCGUAAUCCUAUACAAACACUGAUAAAGGGCAGUGGGUCCGAUUGUGAUAAGAAAUAUGGGAACUAUCUGAAAGAAAUUGAAUCAGCCUACAGUGAAAUAUAUAAAAUCUGUGAAAAGGAUACUAGUGGUCCAUACUGUAUCGAAUUCAACAGUAAGUGUAAGCAGUAUGGUCCUACAGGACAAUUGGAUUUAAAAUGUCCAUCAGCGCAGCAAGAAGGAAAUUUAGCACACCAGGGGGGUUUAGGUUCACAUUCAGGAAAAGUACCCCCUGAGCAGGAUACUAUAACUGCAGAACACUCACAGUCCACGGACGAUACAGCCCCUCCCGAAGGUAGUGCUGUUCCCACUGCUGCUGUGUCUGGUGGCGCAUUAGUUGCAAUAGGAUUAGCAACAAUGGCAUUCCUACUAUAUAAGGUAUACAACUACCAUUUAUAG